AUGCACAAAGGGACUGCGGCAGGCUUCAUGGAAAGUACAGUAUUCAUAACUGCCCAUCGGGACCCAACGAGAAUUCACGUGCUAUGCCGAGGCCUCAUGGAGGCUACGGCCGAACAUGAUUUCAACGCAAAUGCUGACGAUGAGCUAAGCUUUCGACGCGGUCAGAUACUGAAGGUUUUGAAUAAGGACGAAGAUCCACACUGGUUCAAGGCAGAAAUUGAUGGUGUGGAAGGAUUUGUUCCUUCGAAUUACAUACGAAUGCACGAUAGCCCAUGGUACUUGGGGAAAAUUUCGCGACUAGACGCUGAGAUAUUACUGAAGAAGCAGGGUACUCGCGAUGGAAACUUUUUGGUACGACAGUGUGAAAGUUCGCCCGGCGAUUUUAGCAUAUCCGUGAAGUUCGAAGAUACGAUUCAACAUUUCAAAGUUUUGCGAGACAACAAUGGAAAGUACUUCUUAUGGUCGGUAAAAUUCAAGUCUCUGAAUGAACUGGUCCGAUAUCACAGGUAG